AUGUCAAAUAAAGUCGUCAUAACAGGACUGGGAUUGGUCACACCUCUUGGAGUUGGUGUGAAUCGUUCGUGGGCAAAUUUGGUGGCGUCCAAAUGUGGCAUAGUUUCAACUACUACCUUGCCUAAUGCAGACGAGUACAAAACAAUUCCAUCUAAGGUAGUCGGAUGGGUGCCUAAAGGUCCGAAAUCGAACGGAGGUUGGGAUUCCUCGGAGUAUUUUAGCCCUCGAGAGAUUAGAAGACUUCCACCGUUUAUUCAGUACGCGAUAGUGGCUGCUAAGGAAGCCAUGCACGAUGCUAAUUGGUCACCUCAUUCAGAGCAUGAUAAGGUUAGAUCAGGUGUUAGUAUUGGUUCAGGAAUUGGAUCUUUUGAGGACAUCUACAAAAGUUCUAUUGCAUUUCAUGAGAGAGGUUAUAGAGGAACUCAGCCGUUGCUUGUUCCGAGGAUUUUGACCAACAUGGCAGCGGGUAAUGUAUCCAUAUAUUUGGGUCUUAAAGGUCCAAAUCACGCGGUUUCCACAGCAUGUGCCACGGGUGUUCAUUGUAUUGGAGACGCAGUCCGGUUUAUCAAAGACGGAUAUGCCGAUGUGAUGAUUGCUGGUGCAUCUGAGGCAUCUGUUCAUCCGUUAGCACUCGCAGGCUUUGCUAGGGCCAAAUCCAUCGUGACCAAGUUCAACGACGAACCAGCCAAAGCUUCUAGACCGUUUGACAAGGAUCGAUCAGGGUUCGUUCUAGGCGAAGGAGCUGGAAUUGUGGUAUUGGAGUCGUUGGAACAUGCCGUUAAGCGUGGUGCCCAGGAUAAGAUUUAUGGAGUAGUGAGUGGAUACGGAUUAAGCGGUGAUGCGACUCAUAUUACGACACCACCUCCAGAUGGCGAUGGAGCCCGUAGAGCUAUGCAGAUGGCAAUAGAAAGGGCUGGAUUAAAACCGGGCGAUAUUGGAUACGUAAAUGCACACGCUACCUCUACUUUGCUCGGAGAUCGUGCUGAAAAUCAUGCUUUAGAGACACUCUUUGGUGAAGAGAGACCUGAUUUGGCUGUCAGCUCUACUAAGGGUGCCAUUGGACAUCUUUUGGGAGCAGCAGGUUCUGUUGAAUUUAUUUUUGCAGCUUUGGCCAUACAUAGAAGAGUUCUACCUCCUACACUAAAUUGCGAUCAUCCAGGCGAACAGGAGGAUGAUGAUAAGAACGAUUUUAUAUUCAAUUACGUGGCUAACGAGGCCCAACAACUCGCAGAUGACUACAGAUUGGAUCAUGUUUUAACAAACAGCUUUGGAUUUGGAGGUACGAAUGCAUCAUUGUGUAUAUCUAAGUAUCAUGAGUAA